AUGGCCGCGACGCCGAAUGCCAUGCAGCCCAACAACGCCUACAACCCGCCACGGCCGCCCGAGGUUUUCACGCUGCCCGACGCCGUCAACGACCAGAUCCCCGAGGAGGUGCGCAGCCGGUACAACAGGGACGAGGGCGGCAGAAUCAUUUUCUUCACCACACCGCCCGUCGCCCGCCCCGAACACGGCCUUGCACCGGACAACGCCAACUCGGGCCACAGCCUCGCCUACCUUGCCAAGAGCAACCCGGCAUGGCUGUCGGAACGCACCGCCCGCGCCAAGGCCUUUUCCGCCGCCAAGCAGAAGGAGCUGAAGACCAAGAUGGCCAUUGACGAGAUCACCAAGGGCAAGACCCAGGAGGAGCUGCGCGAAUGGGCCAGCGACUCGUGGGCUCUGUAUUGGAAGAGCCACGCUCAGGAGACGAACCGCAUGCGCGACGAGGGCGACCUGGACGAGCACGAGCGGCUCAUGGCCGAGCAGCGCCGUGCCCGAGUCAAGUCCCGAAGAGCACGUGAGGAGGAGGCUGAGCGGGCCGAGGAGGCCAAGAAGGCCAACUACCUCGACGAGAUUUACCACGCCCAUUCCAGCCUGCGGUUGUCCAAGCCUCGCGUCGGAUGA